AUGUCCUUGAAGAGGCUGAUUCAACAGAGAGGCAAUGCCAACUGUGUGGGCUACUGUCUCAGCUCAAAUUACAGCCCAACUUUGGAGCCAAUUGAUGGUCCACCUUUGGACAACCAGAGAAGCCAAAUGUUCUCAGACCCAAUUGGGAGAUUGUCCAAGGACUGCAAACAGCUUGCUUUAAAUAGAACGAGCUCCAUAAGCAAAUCUGCUGGCCCACACAGAAAGACAUUUAAAAUCUUCAAGGAAGACAAUGAAACAUUUGGAUUUGAAAUCCAGUGCCGAAGUAAUCAUUUCAUGGAAACUUGCACUUAUAUUUGCAACGUGAAAGAAGGAAGCCCAGCUUUUCUUACCGGACUCCAACAUGGUUACAUCCUGAUCAGCAUCAAUGGAGUGAGCAUUAAAGGACUAAGUCACAAAGAACAGGUGGACAUGAUUAAAUCAUCUAGGAAUCUUUUAAGGUUAGAUACGGGGAAUGAAGCCCUGAUUAUGAAAAGAAUGGAGCUGGAAACCAAGUUGCAUUGUAUGAAGAAAACUUUGCAAGAUAAGUUGGCCGAGCUCCAGGCCUUGUGCUUACGAGAAAAGGACCUUGCUUGCGGAGAAGUCUGCUCACUACCAGAUUCUGCAGGAUUAGAAGGACCUCAUAUCUUUGGUGAUCAUGCUGGAUUAGAAUCCGCACUGAGCAGUAAGCCCCGAUUUUCCAGCGAAAGCAGCUGCUUAAGCCGCCUUAGCUCAAUGACUGUGGAUAGCGAGGACAGUUUUUACCAAUUCAGUGUUUUCAAAGACCCCGCUAAAGAGAUUUUUAGCCGACAGUCAAGCGCAGAAGAUGACUGCUUUCUUCCAAUUGGUAGCAAUGAAGUGAAGAAGACAUCACUGAGAAGGCAUCGGAGUAUCAGUGUGACCAGCAAUGUCUGUAGAUCUCCUUCAAAGAAGGGAGAUAACUUCUCAAAGAUCUUUGGGACUCUCCCACGGAAAAGCAGAAAGGGAAGUAUUCAAAGGAAGCUGUUGACUUUCAUUCCUGGCCUUCACCGAGCCGUGGAAGAGAAUGAAAGUCGUGUCUAACAGCAACUUUAG